GAUAGUACUCAUCGAUGACAGGGUUGCGAUUUUUUUGGUAUUUUUAAGCAACGUCGGAUUUUGGUGCAGAAAAACAAAACAAAUGAAAAACAGCAUAAAAUGCCUACUGAAAACAGCAUUAAGAUAAUGCCCAAGGCUGUGGUCUGCGAGGAGAGCAACCUGCGUGGUGACAUCACCUUCUCCGCUGGCUGCGUUGUCCAUCCCAGUGCCACGGUCAUAGCAGAGGCGGGUCCCAUCAUAAUCGGAGAGAAUUGCAUUCUCGAGGAGUACACUACCAUCGCUCAUCGACUGCAGGCCGGGGCCAGCUGGAAUGCCAACAACAUCCUCAGUAUUGGAACACACAACGUCUUUGAGGUCGGCUGCACCGUGGAGGCGGCACGCAUCGGAGACAAAAACGUUUUCGAGAGCAAGUGCUUUGUGGGCCCGGGCGUCACUGUGCCAAGUGGCUGCGUGGUUGGGGCAGGCAUACGGAUGCACACGGAACAGCUGCUGGCGGAAAACACCAUCGUGUAUGGGCAGCAGGCACUGCAGCGCGAGGGAAUGGAGAAGCAGAGCUCCCAGACGCUGCAAAUUGAUUUCCUUCGCAAGGUUCUACCCAACUACCACCACCUGCGGAAGCCCAAUCACGAUCCAAAAAAGGCGCGCAGCGUCGUUUAAAUCUCACUCAUGUAUUCUCUUGCACACUCCUUGAAUCCGCAGCAUUAAAGUUAUUCAUUUCGUUCCCAAAAA